AUGACGGACGUCGCGGCGGCUGAUGCAAUCGACGUUGAUGAUUGGGCGGCCAUCAACGACCAGAUGCGGCGGCAGGACGAGGCGCGCGAAACCCUCAUCAAGCGAACGCGCGACGCGCAGAAGCUGGCCAAGCAGGCCAUAUUCAGCCUGCACAGGGGGCAGCACGAACAGGCCGGCACGCAGCUGCAGCAAGCAGAGGCCAUAGCCCUGGAGCUGCUGCCGCUGGUGCAGCGGCAACCAUCCCUGCGGCCCGGGUCAUACGCCGCGGCCCUGGAGGAGUACGCGGAGGGCGUGGCCUUCAAGGUGUUUCUGGAGGAGCGGCGGCUGGUGGCGCGGCGGGAGAUGCCGCACGUUGAGCUGGAGGAGUACCUGGGAGGCGUGCUGGACAUGACAGGGGAACUCAACCGGUACGCCAUUGCGCAGGCCACGAAGCGCGACUCUGCGGCCGUGGCCCUUUGCCGUGACCUGGUGGAGGGCCUCAUGGGCCAGUUCCUGCAGCUAGAUAUGAAGAACGGCUCCCUGCGAAAGAAGUUUGAUGGGCUCAAGUACACGCUGAAAAAGUUGGAGAACACUAUGUAUGAGCUGAGCCUGGCGGAGGCCCACCGCAGGCAGUACGACGCAGACGGCGACGGCGGCGGCGAUGGCGGCGGCCGCGACGGCGGCGGGAGAGAUGGCGCGCAGGAUGACCCGGAAAUGGUGGGCUGCUAG